AUGUGGAACCUCUUCGCCUCUAUCGCUGUAUUCCUAGCCCAUCAUGUUUCCGCCCACGGAGGUGCUCUGAACUAUACUGUUGGCAAGACAUGGUACCCAGGCUACGACCCCUACGGUGAUGAAGCCAUGCAAGACGCUGCCUCGUGGAUGCCACAACGAAAAUGGAUAUCCAACAACCCCAUCUUCGAAACCACCAACUCAUCCCUGUCCUGCAACACGCCCGGCACACCCGCCCGCGCUUACAUACCCAUCCGUGCAGGCGAGAAUAUAACCGCCGCGUACGCGUACUGGGUGCACACCGUCGGUCCUAUGAUAGCAUGGAUGGCAUACUGCGACAACGCCGACAACGACUGCACGACCUUCUCCAGCGAAACGGCAGACUGGUUCAAGAUCGGGGAGAAGGGGUUGUUGAACGGAAGCAUCGAGACUGGAGAGUGGUUCCAGAAAGCGUUCAGCAUGUGGGAUGGGAGCCCAAGUCUGUGGAGUGAGAGGGUGCCUGUAGGGUUGCAAGCGGGGAGGUAUUUGGUGAGGCAUGAGAUUAUCAGUCUGCAUUCGGCGAAUAAGCCGCAGUUUUACCCUGAAUGCGCGCAUUUAGAAGUCAGCAACGACGGCAAAGGUGUGAUUCCUAGCAAGGAAUAUAUGGUUAAGAUUCCAGGAGUGUGGAAUAUGGAUCAACCUGAGAUCAAUAUCGAUAUAUAUAGUCCCGAGAUCUCGACGAAGACGGUAUACAUUAUUCCGGGCCCACCCAUUUGGUCGGUGGAGACGUAG